AUGUCAGAUAGUUGGAUGAAACAGCGAGCUUUGCAAUUAGCUAAGGAAAAUGUGCGAAAUGGUGAAAGUUAUUGGAGGAUGUCAAGGUGUUCAACUAGUGCAACAACUCCAUAUACUUAUGAUGCAUGCAAAGCAAUCGGUAAGAAUGAAUGUGAUAAUUCUAUAUCAGUUUCGAAUCCUUUGAAAAACUUUGGACCUUUGCGAAUAAUUGGUACUCAAAACAAUCGUAGACGAGACUGCCAAAUUGUGAUUCAAGAUUAUCAAACAUCACAAACUGUGCUUCAAAUAUCAACACCAAACAUUUAUAUUGAAAAAGUGGAAAUCUCAGCUGACGGUCGGACUGCAGCCUUCCAGCAAUUAAGCAGAAAGGACGAGUGGAUCGGAAAGUGGAUCGUUUACGAUCUCGAUAAAAAUGAAGAAAUAAGCUUUGCCCAAAACGAUCAAGGGGAAGACGUUAACACUGACUUUCAUUCCGUACAAUUUUGCCCUGCUCAAUCUCAAACCCAAGUGAUCAUGACACUCUCUGGAGAUUCCCGUGAAGUUAGGAUUUGGAAGAUUGAGGGGAAUUGUAUUAGACCUACAAAUAAGCAAAUAUCACGCCAAUACAAAAUAGAAUAUUGUCGAUGGGUACUAGUGCAAGAUAGUGUUUGUGUCUUGUUGUGGUGGAGAAAAUAUCAAAGUCAAGGAGGGGAGUAUAAAAACUAUGCACCUGUCGAUCCGGAAAAGUGGAUUAAUGAAUGUCAAAUUGAAAUGUGGAAUGCACAGGAAUGGACUUGUCGAUCAUUCAAAGUACCUGCUUUCAUCCAUGCAAAGGAUGAUGGUCGGUACUUUGCUACCAAUGAUUUUCAACAUGGCUUGUACUUAACGCACAUCAACAUCUACCGUGAUGCAGCCUAUAUGAUAUUGUCAUAUAACUGGUUUAGAAGUAGUACAAUUGGUCUGUUAAAAAUGGAACAAGAUAUCGAAUUUGAAAAUCAAUUUCGGCCAAUAUUACAUGAUGUUGGAAAGGUUAAGAAUAUUUUGGUAUCAGGCGAUCAGUCAAUGAUCGCUAUUGACUGUUUAAGUAAGGAAGUCAUACUCAAGAUGAGUGGUGAUCAAGUCCAAUCUCGUGUUAAACUUGAUCAAUCUGGUCGAUCAAUGUUUAUUCCUGGUAGUAAUCGAUUGCUUAUUUAUGAUGCACCUGGUAGUAAUCGAAAGCUUAUUAAUGAAGAUCGUCAUGUAUAUGAAUAUAAUUUACAAGGCGAUAAAAUUGCUUGGCAAGAUAUCUCUCAAACAAAAUCAGUUGAUGUUGGUAGCGACGUAACCCAACGUAACCCCCAAACUACCGUCAACAUAUUCGACCUGAUCGAGUUUGUAGGUAUAGAAGAUUGUAGAAAGUACAGGGAAUUAAUCAAUGGAAUAGUUGAAGAAGAAUCGACUAAAGAAGAAGAAUCGACUGCUAAAGAUAGGAUACGCUUCAGAUAUAGAAAGAAGGAUAACACACUCAUUCUCAUGAAAAUAUUCUCCGCAUUCAAUAGCUGGAUAAUAACUAUUAACCUUACAACCAGAAUGAAGAGCGUUGAUCGACUGAAAUGGAGUCAUGUUGUGUAUGUUGAUGAUGAUUAUGUUUAUGUUUGGAAAAUGAUGGAAGAUGGUGAAUAUAGCUUGAAAUGUUACAAGUUUGGGGAUGGUGAAUAUCAAUUACUGCAAAAUAUUGACUACCAAGGGGAGGAAGGAUUAAUCUGUAAAAUAAUGAUGAAUUAUAACCCUCAUAAGAUUGAACAUUCGCCUCUUCGGAUGAAGAAAGAAAAAUUAGUUGAUGUAUGGGGAGAGAAAGAUGCCGAAAUGAUUGCUAAUGCAAGGAUAUUGCUGGGUUUUAUCCCUGGACAAUAUCCUGGAUUAUCCCUGCACGGUAAUCAUUUCUGGUGUUUACUAGCACUAGUCAAUCGUUUCACACUUUGUACCAUGUUGACUUUCAUGCUGAAAAAUAGUGAUGAGUUAAUGACUGGUUUGAAAAUGGAAUUGCUCAAGUACGGCCAAGUUUUGGUUAAAAUCAUUACGUAA